AGAGCAAUUCUGUGCAGGACAUCUGUGCUGCCAAGUCUCGACUCGUCCUUCUGACAACUUUUUUUUAUUUCUUGCGGAAAUGAAUGUCCUCAUCUUCUACGUGUUGGCGGUCACCUCGCAGUUGGCUCCGGGAGUGAGUUCCAAGCCGCCUGCUGGAGCCUCGGUGGAGUCCGAGAGAGCCAGCUAUCAGCAGUCGGAGCAGAUGCACCUACAUUCACGCCGAGAGAAGCGUUGCUCCUGCAGAAACAUGCAGGACACAGAGUGCGUCUACUUCUGCCACGUUGGCAUCGUCUGGGUCAAUACCCCAGGCCAAGUUGUUCCUUAUGGAUUGGGGAAUCCGCUGAUGCGCCGGAAACGGGAAUUAAGUCGAUGUUUAUGCACCAAGCGCAGCGACAAAGGGUGCCAGAGCUACUGUCGAUCCGCAACCAGACGCUAUGGUAUGGCUUACCACCGAGAGCAGUCAUAGACUAACACAGCACGGACAAAGGCACUUCGUUCCAACUCACCCAUGCCAUGGAGAUGUCCAUCUAAUCUAGCCUGUCUGCAUUUGACCCGCAUCGCUCCAAACAAUCCAUGUAUCAUCCAAAUGACUUUGAAAUGUUCUUAUUUUACCUGCCACAACUACUUCCUCUGGCAGCUCAUUCAGUUUAGUUUAUUGUCACGUGUACCAAGGUACAGUGAGAAGCUUAAUAAAUGCAUCCCCUCUCAACUUAAAUCUAUGCCCUCUACUUCAUGAUUCCCCUUCUCUGAGAUAAAAGGAUGUGUGCAUUUACCCCAACUUUGCCCCACUCUGGUCAGCCCCAUAUCUAUAUCUCAGACAUGUCUCAGGCACCAGUGAUGGCACCUGUUCUCUGCCACAUCCUCCUUCCCCUAUCCUAGCCUCAUCCUUUGGACAGACCCACAGCACACUAUUAUGGCACUUUAGCAGAGACCAGAUGAAGCAGCCUAACAACAAUCCCAACAUCCCUAUUGGACAAGGAACAAAAGGCCAACUAUUUCAUUGGCCUACCCCAUACAGUAUAAGAUCACUGUACCUCUGACUUCCGCUGUCAGCAUUGGUGAAAUCAGUUAGUUGAUCUUUGAACUUAGUCAUAUAAAGCAUAUGGCUCAGUCACUGCCUGUUCAAGCAUGGAAUGACAAACAGGAUAUCCAAGAGGCAUUCUGAUCUUGUCCCAUCAUUUAUUAGGUCGAGGUUGUGUUGAGUUGUGAUUCUACCCAUCUCUCAUAAUUCCGUAACCCUCAGAGUUAGAGAGUCAUUGAAACAGACCCUUCACAAACUGGUCUAUGCUGACUGAUGUUUAUCUACAUUAGUCCCAUUUGCCAGCGUUUAACAUCUUCCCCUCUAAACCUUUCCUGUUCACGUACAUGUCCAAAUGUAUUUUGAAUGUUGUUAUUGCACCUGCCUCAACUAUUUCUGGCAGCUCGAUCCAUAUAUCUACCACUCUUUGAAUGAACAAGGUGCCCCUUAACUUUUUAUUAAAUAUUUCGCCUCUCAUCUUAAACCGAUUCAAUCUAAUUCUUGAUUCUCCUACCCUGGGAAGAAGACUGUGUGCCUUCAACUGAUAUAUUCCCCUCAUGAUUGUAUAUACCUUCAUCAGGUCAUGCCUCAGCUCUGAGGAAUAAAAUCCUAGCCUGUCCAACCUCUCUCUGUAACUCAGUCCCUUGAUACUGGUACCAUUCUCGUAAAUCUUUUCUGCAUUCUUUCCAGCCUAACAUCAUUGCAUUGUGUCUCACCAGAUAUUUAGGUGAAAGGAUUUACAGAUUUAAACUUGCACCCAUUCCCCUACCCAUAUCACCACCACACCCACCACCCUGGGUGAAGAAGUGCUUGCCGACAUCAGCCCAACAUCAUACCCUGUCUCUAAUUUUAAGGUACUGCUCACUUGUUCUGGUUCCAUCCACUUACAAAUGACAAACUCAAUCUAGCAGACUUAUCAAUUGAAGGGCUUCCAUGGUACAAGCUUUGUGAAGCUGUAAUGCAACAAUUUUGGUCACGGGGUACACAAAAAUUCUGGUGAAACUCAGCGGGUGCAGCAGCAUCUAUGGAGCGAAGGAAAUAGGCAAUGUUUCGGGCCGAAACCCUUCUUCAGACUGAUGGGGGGUUCACAACUUCACAACUUACUCAGAAGAGAAAUCUGGGGUAAUCACGAAACUGAUAUAAUUUAGCAUCAAUAGACAAUAGACAAUAGGUGCAGGAGAAGGCCAUUCGGCCCUUCGAGCCAGCACCACCAUUCAAUGUGAUCAUGGCUGAUCAUCCACAAUCAGUACCCCCUUCCUGACUUCUGCCCCUAUCCCUCUGACUCCGCUAUUAUUCAUUAUUAAAAAUUCCAUUCAAUAGAAUGACCUUGCAAUCUCAUCCAAUUUUCUACACAAUUUUUUAUCCCUGAUUCCCAAAGUGUCUAUGAACCUGCGUACAAUCAGUAAUUCAAUAUAUAACUCCCUCAGUGGACCACAAAUUCACACUCCUAUGUCCUAAACUCCAGAGGAAUCACCUCCUUUUCCAUUUGCCUGUCAGCCUACUUCCAUAUCCUAUUUUUUCUCACAUAGUCAUCAACUUUCCUCUUAAAAGCAUUUACCCCCAAGCACUUUCAAUCUAGGAAGUUCUGCAUUCCACCAUUCUCUCCCUAUUUACCAAUGGACAUCACCAACCAUCUUGUUUUGAUUUUUCCCACAAAUGAAAAAAAAUUCUCUAUGUGCACGCAGGUAGGAUUGCAAAGCUCCUUCAGAUGGUAAGCUGUGAUUUAUUUAAUUCUUCCCGAUCAUAGCCAACUGCCUGCUCAGUGAAUCCCUUUCUUUGCAUUGCCUGCACUCCAAGUUGCUUGUGCUUUUAUAUCAUGACUGGAAACCAUUUUGUGUGAACUGCUUUACUUGUUGGGCUGCUUGUUGAGUUUACUGAGAAGUAGUAAGAGAAAAUGGGUGGGAGUUAAGGUUUUGUAGGUGAAAUGAGCCAUUUUAUCCCAGGUGUGAUAGUGACGCAUCAUUAAUAAUUUCCCUGGGGCCUACUUGCGAGGUCAUUCAGUUCAAGAAAUGUGUAAGUACUUCAGGAGCUUGCUGUUAUAGUGUUAAAAUGGAUGGGAUUUUCACAUUAACGCUGUGGCAUACCAUAUUGACAAAUACGAUAGGAAUGCUACUAAUGAAACAAGCCUAAAGGUGUUGCAAGAAAUAUUCUAUAACACUCUUUCAAAAAAUAUUCUGUCACUCUUUUGCCCCACCCCAGUUCCUGCACUUUUGUUUACCAGACUGUUUUAGGGAGAGAAUAAAAUUUGUUAAGAAAAUUCUGCCAACGGGCACUGGUGUGCCUCAUAUUUUGUGAACCAACAAAAUUGGCACAUUAACUGCAAGAGCUUCACUGGAGGUGAUUCCACCUUUCCUUCACUCCCCUCCAUAGCUAACGUUCACCUAACCUGUGCCCCAUUCCUGGAGUACAUCCGGAUUCAAAAUCAGUUUGAGGCAUGUUAUGGAUUUGAAACAUUCUCGGGCAGCUCAUUCCAUAUAGACACCAUCAUCUGUCUGAAAAACUUGCCCAUCAGAUCCUGUCAGAGAGGGGUGAGUUUUGUAGCGGAAUUAAAGGGGCAAUUUUUUAACGCAGGAUUGGUGGAUAUAUGGAAUGAGCUGUGAGAUGGAAUAACCCGAAGUGGUAGGUAUAAUUACAACUUUUUAUAAGACAUUUAGACAGGUUCAUAGUCAGAAAAGCUUGAGAGAGAUAUUGGCCAAAUGCAAGCAAAUGGGAUGAGCUUAGCAAGGCACCUUGCUCGAUAUGCAUGUUGAACCGAAGGGCCUGUUUCCGUGCUGUAUAAUUCUGUAACUCCAUGCCACUGUUCCCUUUGAAUUAUUCCCCUCUCAUCUGAACAUUCACCCUCUUGUUCUAGACUCCCUGACACUGGGAAAAAAAUAUUGUGACUAUUUAUCCUGUCUAUACCCCUUAUAAUUUCUUUAUAAAUUUCUAUUAAGUCUUACCACAGCCUCCUUCACUUCAGGGAAAAUAGUUCCAACCUAUACCUGUCUUGGACAGCAUGGAUGAAUUGGGCCGAAAGGCCUGUUUUCCCGAUGUAGAACAAUACUCUCCAGGGCCCAGUUGUGUAUGUCCUGGCCUGGUUUAGCUUCCCAAAAUGCAUCACUUCACAGUUAUCUGAGUUACAUUCUAUCUGCCAUUCAUUUGCCUACAUUCCCAGUUGAUCUGGAUCUUGUUGCAACCUUAGAUAACCCAAGAUAAAAUAUACAAUGUUUACAUCAUGCCCAUUUUAAAUUCCAUUCAUCAAUAUACCCUUGAAAUUCUUCUUGUGCUUCUUGUGCAUCCUUCAAUUGUUCUCAUAUUUCUGCCUCUGCAGCACUGUCUCGAUUCCCUGUUACAUGGCAUGUCCACCAACAGUGGGGUAAAUCAUGUGAGCUGUGCCAAUUCCCUGUCUCUGCAGUCACAGCUUCUGGAUCUUAUUCCUACUUCAGCAUGAUGGCUACUUUGCUGCAUGGGUGCUUGAGGUGUUUCUGGAUGUCUGACCUGCCUCUGUCCCCACAGAAAGAUGCUCAUGGGCCACUGUCCUUGCUGGCUGACCCCAAGCUCUCCUUGUCUUCUCCAGUAUAUCUAGUGGUGACGAGUCAAGGUGUUGGUGUUGUGCUUCGAGAACUCCAGACUGUCUAACUGUGUGCGGUGCCUGCACAGAUAGUGCCCAUCCUCCUCUGCCUGCUGCUUCCUUCCUCCAGGUGUGCACUGCCCAGAUAACACAUUCCUUCAUCUUCCUGGAUUUAGGUGGGCACUGAGCAGAAGGCUGAUGGCACGGGGCAUACGUCCCACUUGAAUCUUUUCUGUCUCUUGGCUCCUCAUUGGACUGGGCCUGACCUAACUGUUUUCAAUUGGCAGUUAUGUUACUCGGAUAGUAAUCCAGAGAUCUGGACGAACAACCAAGUGAUCUGAGUUGAAAUCCCACCACGGCAGCAGUAGAAUCUAAAUUUGGAUACUAAUGUGGAGUUUGGAAAGAAAAAUACCCAGCUCAUCUUAGUACUGAAGACCACAUAAACGACUAGAUUUUUUGUAAUAAUUCCAUUUGCUUCUCUCAUGAUCUCAGGAGAGAAAAUCUACAGCCCUUUCCCAGACUUACCUACACGUGACCCCAAACCCACUGAUACCGUAUGAUUGACUUUAAAUAGCCUAACAAGCAAUUCAGUUCAAGGGUGUUUAGGGAUGGGGAAAUAAAUGUUGACUUGCCAGUGACUCCCAGAUACCAAAACAUGAAUAAAGGGAGAAGUAUGUUGGGAUGAUAUGACCAGAACUUUUUGAAUGAAUAAUCUUUUAUUUUUAAAUUAAAUGUAUUCUUCUCUAAUUGCCACUGCUUGAAACAACUGCCCAAGUUCAGUGAUAUUAUGAAACACCUGUUUAUAAUGCAAACUUACUGAUUUUUGUACAAAUUCAUAUUUUUUUUCUGUUGUGCUUGUUUUACUAAGACAUAUUUGUAAUUGCUACUUGAAAUUGUUAUUAAAAUAUCUAUGUCUGU